AUGACUACUAAGCCUUUGGCAGACCACUUUGUCAUUGUGGUCCCAUACCCGUUUUUGGCCUCACCCCCCUCCUGGUUGACAGACGCCUUCACAGUCUCUCAGGGCGGCAAGCACGCAGAUGGCGUGACAGAAAACAUUUUGGUUCACUUCCCGGACGGCAGCUAUAUAGAACUCAUCGCCUUUGCCCCAGGCGUUGAUCCAAGCAAGAGAGCUGGCCACAGAUGGGGACACAAGCACGAGGGCACUGUGGCCGAUUGGGCCCUGACUCUGAACCCCGCGAAGAGUGGAGAUGACAAGGAGGAUAUUCACGGAGCUGCUGCCUUCCGCAAGAUCCAACAGGAUGUCCUCGCUUCCCAGCCCGAGAUUCGAUACCCGGAUCCGGUGCGAGGUGGUCGGUUGAGGCCUGAUGGCGCUGAAUUGAAAUGGGCAGUCUCAGGUCCCAAACGACAAGAUGGGCAAGACACCCCUAUUGAGCCAGGACAGACGCCAUUCUGGUGCUUGGACAGUACACCGAGAAAUCUCCGAGUGCCAUUUGAAGAACCAGGCGCGUCUACCCACCCAAGCGGCAUUCUGGGUGUUGCUCGUGUAGAAAUCGGGCGAGUUGGUGAUGUGCACAAGAGCAGCUUACAGGGUGUCUACAAUGCCCUCCUGGGUGCGCAACAAUCGGAGGAAUGGCAGACAUCGUCAUAUGUUGGAAGCUUGCACCCUGGGACGAGAGUGGCCAUAGUUGAGGGGAAGAAGGAGGGAGAGAUUGGGCUUUCCUUCUACACGAAAGAUAGUGAUUGGGCCGGGAAAUCAAUUGGUGGGAGCAUCGAUGAUCAGACCUCGAUCUUCUUUAAGGUCAUUGGCAUAUAA